AUGAAGCUUUAUUCAUACUUAAUUCUCGUUACAUUAUAUUUGUUAGGAGCAGAGGCUAAGCCUUCUCCUUUUACAAAGUAUGGUGAUUCAAUAAGUUUGUAUGCCUGCAACUAUCAAAUAAACGUAGAUGUUCUGUUUUGUCCAACUGCUUUCAACUAUACCUGUUUGUGUCAAGAUGAAAAUGCUCUAGCCACUUACGCCGGAUGUCUUGCUUACAAGAACAGAGACAGUCAUGCGGCACAAGAAGCCCUUAUUGAAUUCUGCAAAGGUACUGAACUCGACAAGAAUUGGUAUGCUCCUGCUAUCAAAAGAUAUGAACAAUAUGCCAAGUCUGCUUCCGAAAUCAAGAACUUCAACAAAACUGUUCCUAUCGAUGUUCCAUUUAAAUUAAAUGUCACUAGAAUGAACCUUUUUAAUGAUGCUUAUAUUCAAUUUUUAGGUAACUACGAUGACUCUUUACUAUAUGGUACCUCAACCUUGAUGUAUUGGUUGUUGAUAAUGGUCAUUGGUGCAAUAAGUCAUUGGUCCAAGUUCUUAUUCCCUGGUUUUUACAGAAAGCUCACUGGUCCUAUUACCAACUAUUGGAGAAAGCAUGUAUUAAUGCCUGCUUUGUUCGGAAGAAGAAAAUCUCAGGAAUUGUACGCUUGGAAGAUUCUUGACUGUUUGCUUCCAUCCAGGUUUGAAUCUGUCGCUAUAGGUGCUUUCUACAUCUUCAUUAUUGUCAUACAAGCCAUUAACAUGGAUUAUGUUGAAGGCGAUCCAGUAUUUGCUUCCAAAUAUGAAGCUACCUUGAGAUAUGCUUCUGACAGAACAGGUAUCGUUGCUACAAUUAUGAUGCCUUUGAUUUUCUUGUUUGCUGGUCGUAACAACAUUUUACAAUGGAUCUCUGGUUACAACUAUGCUACAUUCAUGGCCUUCCAUAGACAUACAGCUAGAAUCAUGUUUGUGUUGAUUGUUAUCCAUGCUGUAGGUUUCAGUAUUUCGUUUGGUGCUUCCUAUGCUAAAGAUAUGGAAGAAAAUUACUUAAUCUGGGGAACAGUUGCAACUGUUGCUGGUGGUAUUAUUUUGUUUCAAGCUAUGUUAUUUUUCAGAAGAAGAUGGUAUGAGAUCUUUUUGUUUAUCCAUAUCUUAAUGGCUGUCUUUUGGGUUAUCGGAGCCUGGUACCAUAUCUAUGGUUUGGGAUACUUGGUAUUUGUCUAUCCAACUGUAGCUGUUUGGGCUGCCGAUAGAGCAGUGAGACUUGGUCGUUUAUUAGUAUUUGGUUUCCCAACGGCAGAUGUCAUCUUGUUAGCUGACGAAACCAUUAAGGUAGUUGUUCCUAAACCAAGCUAUUGGCACUCCAUCCCAGGUGGCCAUGCUUUUAUUCAUUUCUUGAAGCCUACUUAUUUCUGGCAAUCCCACCCAUUCACUUUUACCGAUUCUGUGGAAGAGAAAGAAUACAUCAUCUUAUAUGUUAAAGUUAAGGGUGGCAUCACUCACAGCUUGUAUCAAUUACUUUCAAAGACUCCAGGAAAGGCGGUUAAAAUGAAAGUUGGUAUUGAAGGUCCAUACGGGGAAGCAACUCCUGCCAAGACAUCUGACUCUGCUGUGUUUAUUGCUGGUGGUAAUGGUAUUCCAGGUAUAUACUCUGAAGUCGUAGACAUUGCUCUCAGAGCUGGUCAAAAUUGCAAGAAGGUUUUGAAGUUAGUUUGGGUUGUCAGAGAAUACAGAUCAUUGUUUUGGUUUUACGACGAGCUUACCAGCUUGAAGAAUGUUAACAUUCAAACCACCAUCUACGUGACUAAGCCCGAUAGUUUGGCUUGCAUAGAAGAAUUCAGCAGUAGAUUUUCUGGUUCAGAGUCAGGCUCUUUUACUGGAAGUGAAAAGGAUUCUUCAAAAGAGAAUGGUGAAUUUAUAUCUGAUAACGAAAAGGUAGAAAUAGUCGAACGGAUCAAAAGAGACUUAUCUCAUAUUGAGUUUAAGGAUGGUAGACCAAACAUUGAACAACUCGUUGCGGAAGGAGUUAAUCAAUCGCCUGGAUCAACUUCUUUCGUUGCUUGUGGUCAUCCAGCUAUGGUUGAUGAAGUUAGAUAUUCUUGCGUCCAGAACAUCAGUAAUGAAGGCAAGAAAAGAGUGGAUUUCUAUGAACAACUUCAAGUGUGGGCUUAG